AUGCACAAAAAGCUAUCGAAGCCAACACACAAGCAGUGGUUGGCUAUCCGAUGCCUUUGUGUAUUGUUGAGCCCAUUUGAGUCGGUGUCAAGAAACCUGGGCGGACAGUUGUAUCCGACACUUCCUGUGGUCCUGCCCGCUCUUGAUGCGCUGGAAGGCGUCCUUCGCAACCGAGAACUAUUUGACAACAUUCUAAGUGCUGUUGGUAAGGAAGCCUAUGUCGACGAAGUCCGGGUCUUAAUGCUAGAAUGUCAAGCGGCAAUGCGACGGUUGUUCACGGAGCGCUUUGAUGCCCUCAAAACCUCAAAGCUCGUCUGGAUUGCAUUUUUGGACCCACGAAUGGCAAUGUCAAUGAGCCACUUGACAGACGAAAACCGAGCAAAAGCUCACGCGGAUUUUCUCGAUGCUGCGGUUGAGGUGGCCGAGCUGCAAUCACCACCACCGCAGAGCUCUAUUUCGGCUGUAUCACCAGAUCCUGACAAGAUGGAUUUCUUUACUCAAUUCGUGUUGAAAGCUACUCCUGAUGACUCGAGUCAAACACCUCUAAGGAAGGCCUGCGCUCAAGAGAUUGAAAGCUACUUGGCUUCGGCCCGCGCGCUUAGUAAGCAACAUCCUAAUCUCAGUCGCCUGGCAAGGAAGUGGUUAGGAGCUGUGGCGACCAGUGUCCCUUCCGAAAGAGCAUUUUCCACCAGUGGCAACAUCAUCACUGCCAAAAGGAGCUCGUUGACGCCGGAGCUGGUGCGGGACCUAGUGUUUAUCGCUGAAAAUUCUAAACGAGCGAAGCGUGGGGGUGCCUAG